CAAAGAAACUCUCUCUCUCUCUCUCUCUCGAUUUCCAUGGGGUUUCCAAUGAGUUGCACCGAAGUUUUUCUUCCGAAAAUCUUGAUACACUUUCUCUCCGUUCUGGGUUUCAUCAGAAACCUCAUUCUCUCUCUCUUCCGCUUUCUGGGUCUCCCCGAUUUCCUCGAACCCGAAUUCCACUUCCCCGAAGCCCCGACCCGCAUACCCGAAACCUUGCCCGUAUCCGCCUUGCUGAUCCGGGAACUCUUGCCGGUGGUGAAGCUGGAGGAUUCGGCCGCCGGAGAUCCGCCCGAGAGCUGCGCCGUCUGCCUCUACGAGCUGGAGGUCGGCGAAGAGAUCAGGUGGUUGGCGAACUGUAAGCACAUUUUCCACCGGAGGUGUCUGGACCGUUGGAUGGAUCAUGAUCAGAAGACUUGUCCGCUUUGUAGGACCCCUUUUGUGCCGCACGAUAUGCAGGAUGAGUUUAAUCAACGGCUCUGGGCUGCCUCUGGUGUCGAUGAGUAUUACGGUGAUUAUGGGUCAAUUUCGGGUCUGUAAUUAUUAAACUCCGACAUUUUGAAUUUUUUUUUUUUUUGUAAAGUAAGUAGAGUUUUUGUAUAUAAACAUCGAAAUUACAAUAUCAAAGAAUCUUAGGGUCCAUUUGUUAAACCUCUCAAA